AUGGUGUUUCCGGACUACUACUUCUUUGCCGAAAGACGUUUGGUAAACCAUACCAUUGAAAAGAAAGGCGUCAAUAACUUGGAUGACUGUGAGCUACUGUGCUACCUGAACGACCACUGUGUCAGUCUUAACUUCGAAAAAGAUCCAGAGAAUAAUAGACCACUUCACAUCUGUGAACUAAAUAACGCCACUCAUCUAAAAUACGACAGUCAUUUGACAACUAAUGCCACUUUUUAUUAUCGCGGCUCGAAGGUGAGUUACAAAUCGAUUUUUCGAAGUUAUCGCCUUUGAAUAAUAAAAUAACAAAAAUUAAUGUUUAUACAAAUUUUUGUGUAUUCGAUCAUUCGGUAUUUCGUUCUCCUUUCAUUUUAAUUUUUCUUUUUCUUUAGAACGCUUGUGACAAGAGUCCCUACUGCGAAAAUAACGCAACUUGCCAGUCUGGAUUUACACUCAAGGGAUAUCGAUGCUUGUGUCCUCCUGGAUUCAAAGGGGAAUAUUGUGAAAAGGGUAUGAGUCUAAGUCAACACUUGAAAUGAACCUCUGUGAAAUUUUUUCUGAUUUUCAAUGCUGGUAUGACAACUGUUCUUUAGUUGCUGAAAGUGGCGUGAAUUUAUCUCAUUGUAUAAGGUGCUGAAUCUUAGAAUCUAAGACAAAUUUCUUACUAUAUUUUAUUGAGCAUGUGUAAUGUAUUCUUCGUUCGCUCGUUUAUAUAUUUUGGUUUUGUUUUGUUUUGGUUUGUCUGCUUGUUUGUUGUUUUUUUGUUUUGUUUUUUGUAUUUGUAUAUGUUUUUUUGUUUUAUUCUUUUAUUUUUUUUAUCUACCUUGAAUGUUCGACGCCUUUCCAUGGCAAAAUAAGAGCAGUUCAUACGUAUGUCGAGUGCUUAAUAUAGGAACUGCAAGGAGAGCUCAGAAACAAUAGCUUAAUUGAAAAGUACGGCCAGAGAACUACUAAAAGCAGGAAGCUACAAAUAAAUUGAGGUGUUCGUGAGUUGCUGAGUUGCUGAGUUCCUAUGGCUGUUUGAUAGAAAUCAAAAUGCUUAUAUCUGUAAUCGAUAUUUAUUCAUGUAUUUUUUUUGGUCCUUCUUUCUUUCUAAUUUUACGACAGAAAAAUGUGAGGCAUUCAUUGGCAAAUGUCACAAGGAGGCUACGUGUAAUAACACAAACGGAUCAUACGUGUGCAUAUGCAAAUCUGGAUUUAUCGGAGAUGGGCAUAAUUGUACAGGUAACCUUCAUUAA